AUGAAUCGCAAUGCGAUCGUGUCUUACCCGAGUUUCCAACGGAUCACUUAUUACGGGAAGGAACGUGGUCACAAAUCCUGGUAUCAAGGGUUACGCUACGCUGCCAACAACUAUUGCAAGCAGAACGCAGAGGAGAAACAAGACUACGCCACAUUUGCAGCGUCAGUGAAAGCUGGUAUUACCGAGAACACUUGUGCUGUGGAUACAUGUCCAGCUUCAGGCGAUGUGAAUGCUGAAUUGAGUCUGAUUGUCGGCAAAGGGAAAGAUCACUGGGGAAUUAACUCGAACGGCACGUGUUAUCCGCUGAUCAACUCGUACAUGGGCUCGUACUUGUGUGAUCCUGAUAAUAUGUUCUCCAAGUGUGCCAGUCCUCGCAAUGAGUCCACUACACCCAAGUCCAAUGCGAUUAGUGCAUUUAACUAUCAGAUUGAUGCAAUCUCGUCGAAAUUGGCCUAUAUUUCGGCGCGUACACGGGUUUCUACGACUACCAAGUGGAGUGGGUUACAGGCAAGAAUGGAUAUUUCUUGGUGUGCGACGCCGCCCAACCCAGGCAAGGAAUGUCGUGGUGAUGGAAAAGAUCCUGUGACGAACGUUAUCUGCGACUCGUUCCCGAUGUACAUGAAGAUCGACCACAUCCGUCUGUAUCAGGACUUGGCGACGGAUCUCGAAGCUGAUAAUUACAUGCAAGUUGGUUGUGAUCCAGCGAGUCAUCCGACUCAAGAAUGGAUUGAAGCCCACAUCGACGAGUACGAAGAUAAUGAUAAUAAGUGGGAGGAAGUGGCUGGCAAGGCGUUCUGCGAGACCAGCGACGACUGCACGAUUGGUGGCACUUUGAGUCGAACGGCUCUAAAGACCGGGAAAUUGUUCAAGUAGCGUUGCGAAUGUAUGUAUCAUUCGUGGGGUGGACCACGAUGCACCACCGCCAUCUCUGGCUCCAGUUCUACGGAAACUAGUUUGAAGAGCAGGACGUAUAGCCCACCGAUGGAAGCGUCGAUUGCUCUCGCUGUUGUGGCCUGUUUGCUGUCUUUAACGUCCGUAUCGUAAUGGACUCCGAUCAAGGCACGAACUCUGGUUUACGGGGUUCUGAGAAACAUGAUGGCUGCCACCAGUAACAGCAUCUACGUCACAAGGAGCAACAUUUUUCUUGUCACCGAAUGAUCGUAUUCAGCUCGCACAAAUUAUUAAGGACAUAAUUGCUAUGAGUACGGAAGCUAACUCAACCAGUCCCAUGACGACCGAGCACAUUUUCGGACUUCU